AUUCUCAACGAGACCACACCAAAGCAGACUGUGUAAUACUGAGCAUUGAAUUUACAGUGUAAUCCACAAGAAUCUACAACAAGAAUUUAGCUUUUAAACUAAAAUGUCUAUCACAUGGAAUUUGAUUAACAUUUCAAAAGGACAGCAGUUCUCCCUAAUGUGUGUGUUGUAUUUGAUUGUCCAAUGGAAUUGUCAAUGUUCAGCACUAGUCACAACCACACAACCAACCAGCACUGAAGCAAUGAUCAAUAAUGUAACAGAUGUUCUUUCAACAAAUGCAAGUGCACCGAAUAUUUCCACUGAAAAUUCAACUGUCAGAUUAAUAACAAGUGGGCCGGUCAAUGAUAAUGUGACACCAGGUAGAUCUGUUCACGCUGAAACUACUGCAAGACAUUCAACAAUUCAACCUUCUUCCUCUGGGGAAAAUGUAUCAGUAAAAGGAAAAGGAAAGCAGUCUGUUGAGGAACAUUCGAAAACUGGCACCCCGAAGGUGUUGAUCAUAUUACUUGUCUGUGGAUUGCUUCUUGCCGCAAUAAUCCUAAUUGUAUACUAUCGGAUGAACAAACAGACUUGGAGCCCACAGAGCAAGAGACUGGAUGAGGAGCCCGAUGCACAGGAUCAUGAUAGCACAAUGUUUUCUGUUGCUCCAGAGGACCAAUCAGAUGCGCAUGAGAAGCCAAAACUGAAUGGAGAGGCGCAGGAGAAUGGGGAGAACCAAAAAGCUGCGGCAGGAGAGCCAACAGGAAAUGGUCACCAGAGAAAAAAAACAGAUGAAGCAGACACAGAACUCUAAUGCACGAUGGAAAGAAAUGAAGGUGUCACUGUCCGAUUCUCUAAAUUAUGACCCCAUGCCAGGUACUAUACAUUUGGCUUACAGAACUGAAGAUAAGUCUUCUAAUUACAAAAUUAAAUUAACAGUUGAACUCACACAAAAAAAAUGCCAAGACUGUCCUUGUAUUCUGUGACCUGGUUUAUAAAAGUGGCGUGAGAAUUGACUUUUCAGUGAUAUUUGGUGAAUCUUGCAGUUUAAGAUCAAGUUGAGCCAAAGAUAACAUGCAAUUAAUGGUUGCUGGUGGGUAAUAAAAGGCAGGAUAUAAUUAAUUAGGGUAAUGUGCAGGAUGAAUUUCUACAUUGAGCACUGAUUCAAUACAGUCACUAGAUGUAAGUUCAUGAAAUAUUCUGUUUCCCCAUCACCGAGAUACCUGAAAUUUAUGAAUAUACAGCAUUUCCAGUUGGAAUAAUGGCUUGUCAAAUCACAUUAGGUGCAUUCGGUGCAUUAGAUAAACAUAAGUUAAUCAGAUAUCCGUUCAAUGCAUUCGGUCAAAUAACUGCUUCCCUGUUGUACUUGGAAGUCAAAUCAACAACAUUUCAUCGUGGUUAUCCAAUGAUAUGCUUCCCACAGAUCCACACAUUUUGAAAGGGCGGUCUCAAACCUCAUCAAUUUAUUUUUCCUCCUUAACUCUUCCGAUCUGAUCUCACAGUCCUUCAUAGUAUCUGUACAUAGGAAAGGUGCAUUGGGGUGGUAAGCCACGUUUUGUUAUCUGUGAGGAGUCCGUUCCCGUAUCCGCGGUAAUGAGGAUGAGUGUAUUGAAAUUGCCAAAUAGACAUUGUAAAGAAAAACGUUACUUCUUACAAUCAAUAUAAGCAUUAAAAAAGCAUUUUAUGGCUUAAAAUGUAAUGUUAUAGUUUCACCUUCACCCCCUCGCCCCUCAAGUACAGCAUUCCCAUCGUUGUCCCCAUUCCUGCGGUGAAGUGUCGAAAUUGUCUCUUGGUAGUCGUAUCACCAAAUAGCAAAUUCACGGAUUGUGUGGAAACAUAAACAGUAGAGAGAUGCAAUUCUCUUAAUUAUACGGAUAGGAUAGGCUGAAUGGCCUCCUCCCUGCUAUAAUGAUUCAAAGGUUUUAAGUACUGUUUUUUUAAAUGUUUGAGUUAAUGAGUCCGUUAUUCAUGGAUGUAAGAGAAUUACAUUAAGAUCCAAGAAAUUCUGCGAACACAAAACCAUUGGCUGCACUCUCAUUCAAGUGACUCGAUUCUGUAAAAAGGUUUCAAAUGUCAUGAAGAAAAAGGUGCAAGAGAUGGAAGUGAAUGAAAUACUGGCUGGCUGACAAUUGGAAAUGAAAUGGCUUAAUGAGGAAUUCACAAUAGUCAACUAGAUACAUUCUACACAUUAUUACGUGACAUCAUAUUGUGCACAUGCGUUAACUAGAUUUCAAAUAACUUUGUCCCCAACAGUCUUACAUUAACUAUGCCUUUUCAACAACUUAACUGCAAAUAUUAUUUGAACAUAUCUGCCGUUCUGUAACAUUGACAAUUGCAGGGAAUCUGCCUGCUGUGUUUACAGUCUCACUUACACAAUAAACUUUAACUUAAAUCUUCAUUUAUCCAAAGUGCUGGCAGCUUCAGGAAACUUGUGAAGGGUUCACCUCAGUUACUUCAUUGCAUUCUGCCAAAAUGUUUAUGCAUUAAUGUCAGAGGAUGUUUGUGCCAUUUUUCUGGGUCCCCAAGUUGAUGGACUCAUUAACUAAUUUCAUUGGUUUACAAUACAUUAAAGCUGCCUCCAACAGUGGGUGACCCAUGCUUCUGGAAGUUGUGACACAAACUUUCCACUGUCACUAACACAAAGAAGGAUUUAGAGAGACCUGUUAAAUUUGUACUUUUGAAUAAAAUGUUUUACCAAACACUCAUCUCAUUCUGAGAGCUGACCUAUAGUACCAGAUCUUGUGACAAUAAAUAGAUUGGAACUGAAUACUUUCUACAUAUAACUGUUCAUCGUGGAGCCAUAGAUAUGUGUAAUAGUAUACUGAAAAGUUAGAUUCUAACCAUCAAUUUAGAAUGUUAUAGAUUAAGUAUAUAAGAUAACUUAAUGAUCACAAUAUAUUUUUCUUUACUAUGUUAAUACUAGACAAUGUGAUCAUGUAACCAAUGGCAUUAGUUAUAUUCAAUCUGACCUAGGAUGAAUAAAUAAAACAGAUGGUUAGUACCUGCAUCAAUUAACUAUAUUUUAAAAUUGUGAAUUUACUUUCCUGAGCAGAUCUGAAGGGGAACUAAAAUCCUAACAUAACUGACUGCUUGUACAGGAUUUUUAGUAUCCCUCAAAACUGAAAACUGGAAUACAGUAAAGUGUUAGUACUUUUCCACCUUGCUACUAACACCACAUACUUUGACUUUUCAGUAAUAUAUCAAUACGUGCCUUUAAAAUUUGACUUUUAGACCAGAUUUUGUAAUUUUAACAUGUGAAAUACCCUGUGGAAAAUAUUUCACUUUUCUGUUGGUGCCUUUUUUUAAAGCAUAUCACUUGCAUGUUUUGAUUAAAAAUGGCAAAACAUUGUUUAAGGAAAAAUAGUGUGUAAAAUCAUGUUCAUUUGUUUUGCCUCCGCUUGCAGUUUUUUCUAUGAUUGCUGUGUUAAGAUUACUAACAUUACAGUUCACUGUGGUAAGAUGUCCAAAAUGUUAACAUUUCUCUGAUAUCUAUGAUUUCUACUUCUAAUCAAAAAUAAUAAAAAUGGUUGAAACAAUUUAA